UCCGCUAUAUAUAUGCACAACAUAUCGGCUCGACCCUCUCAUCAACCUCCAAGAAAGUCUCUGUUCCUCUCUCUUAAUACCAGAACCACUCGAUCAGAUAUCGUGUUACAGCACUGGAAAUCUUAAUUAGUUAUGGGGUCCGAGUCGUUGGUUCAUGUGUUCCUAGUCUCGUUCCCUGGCCAGGGACAUGUCAACCCGUUGCUCAGGCUCGGGAAGCGGCUCGCCUCCAAGGGCUUGCUCGUGACCUUCACGACUCCUGAAAGCAUUGGGAAGCAGAUGAGGAAGGCCAGCAACAUCGGGGAGGAGCCGUCGCCUAUCGGGGACGGGUUCAUUAGGUUCGAGUUCUUUGAAGAUGGAUGGGACGAGGAUGAGCCCCGGCGCCAGGACCUCGAUCAGUACUUGCCCCAGCUCGAGAAAGUCGGCAAGGAGGUAAUUCCACGGAUGAUAAAGAAGAACGAGGAGCAGAACCGUCCCGUGUCCUGCCUCAUCAACAACCCGUUCAUCCCGUGGGUGUCUGACGUGGCCGAGAGUCUCGGUCUACCCUCGGCCAUGCUCUGGGUCCAGUCCUGCGCCUGCUUUGCCGCCUACUACCACUACUACCACGGAUUGGUCCCGUUCCCGUCUGAGUCCGCGAUGGAGAUCGAUGUCCAGUUGCCGUGCAUGCCCCUCCUAAAGCAUGACGAGGUCCCGAGCUUCCUCUACCCGACCACACCGUAUCCGUUCCUUAGGAGGGCAAUCAUGGGACAGUACAAGAACCUGGACAAGCCCUUCUGUGUCCUAAUGGACACGUUCCAGGAGCUGGAGCACGAGAUCAUCGAGUACAUGUCCAAGAUCUGCCCAAUCAAGACUGUGGGCCCGCUCUUCAAGAACCCGAAGGCUCCAAACGCCAAUGUCCGGGGUGAUUUCAUGAAGGCGGAUGACUGCAUCAGCUGGCUCGACUCGAAGCCCCCGGCCUCAGUAGUGUACGUCUCAUUUGGGAGCGUGGUCUACCUGAAGCAGGACCAGUGGGACGAGAUCGCAUUCGGGCUGCUUAACUCCGGGUUAAACUUCCUCUGGGUCAUGAAGCCGCCGCACAAGGACUCUGGAUACCAGCUCCUCACCUUGCCGGAAGGAUUCCUAGAGAAGGCUGGGGAUAAGGGGAAGGUGGUACAGUGGAGCCCCCAGGAGCAGGUGCUGGCCCACCCGUCCGUUGCUUGCUUCGUGACGCACUGUGGAUGGAACUCGUCUAUGGAGGCGCUAUCUUCCGGGAUGCCCGUGGUGGCCUUCCCUCAAUGGGGUGAUCAAGUCACCGAUGCCAAGUACUUGGUUGAUGUGUUCAAGGUAGGGGUGAGGAUGUGCCGUGGUGAGGCCGAGAACAAGCUGAUCAUGCGGGACGUGGUGGAGAAGUGCCUCUUGGAGGCGACUGUGGGGCCCAAGGCGGCGGAGGUGAAGGAGAAUGCGCUCAAGUGGAAAGCGGCGGCUGAGGCUGCUGUGGCCGAAGGUGGCUCUUCCGACCGUAACAUCCAAGCGUUUGUUGAUGAGGUCAAGAGGAGGAGCAUUGCCAUACAAUCAAACAAGUCGGAACCCAAGCCCGUCGUCCAGAAUGCGGCGGUGGCAGAUCACUUCGGGGCCAAAGCCACCACCAACGGAGUGGCAGCUGACCUGGCCGGGUCGAAUGCCGACGGGAAGGUUGAAUUGGUCGCUUGAGCUAAUUGAUGGGAAAUAGUUUAAUUAGUGCCUCUUAUGACGGAUAGAUUGUGAUCAAGAAAUGUACUACUUCGUAGGUUCCGUUGCCUGUGUGGGGAAGUCGUGUCUUUUUCUUUUUCUUUUUCUUUUUGGAUUUUCCCCCAAGGUUGUUUGGGGUAAUUCUGGGUGGUUUCGUUAAUAUGUUUCGUGAUAUUUUGUCUAGAUAUAACGAAUAAGUAAAUUCAUUAAGCCCUAUACUCAAAUCAGGCCGUUCCUCGAUCGUGAAUAGAUAUGAGUUUACUUGGAGAA